AUGAGUUCACAGGGUUUUUCAUUUCCUCCCCCUCCACCUCCCCCGCCGCCUUCCACGGCCCAGCAACCGCCCGCCUACCCCUCGGCGCACCCCGGCCAACACUGGAAUGCACGCGGGUCUGGCGGACGAGGUCGUGGCCGAGGGCACGGGAAUCGAGGUCGAGGAGGACACUACUCCUCAGACGGCGGAAGACCGCCAUAUUCAAAUCCCCCGGGCUACAACUACGCUCCCGGAAACUAUGGGUAUCCAGCCCAACCGCAACCCGUGUCGACGCCGUCGUACAUGCCUCCUACUCCCCCGCCAUAUCCUCAUUCGCAGUCGAAUUUCCACCACCCUCAAAAUCCGCCUACCUAUCAACCGCCUCAGACAUACUCGCAGCCCGCCGGCUCGGCUGCCUACCAACCGCUCCCGGGAUAUAAUAACGGGCCGGCCGCCAACCUGGCGCACGCGGCGCCCUACCCUACACAAGCUACGCCAACAUACCCUCCUAAUGUGCCACCUCCACAACAUGCACCACCAUCAAAUAAUCCGAUGAUUAUGGGCUCGCACUGGGGUGCUCCCCCGGCCCAUGGACGAGGCACCUGGCCCUCCCAUCCUCCUGGCAACCUCGCAUCCAAACCGCGACACAACACGAAGCGCGACCAUACGUCUGCUUUCAGCCGGCCGCAGUCAACGGUGCCCCGAUCUCCCGCACCGCCCCCAGUGCCCAGCUUCGGCAACCCACUACCGUCGAAGCCCCCGCCCGCCGUGGAUGCAACGCGAAAGCCCAAGAAACGCAAGAGGAAGCACAACCAACUCGGACUGACCCCGAAAACCGAGGACCACGAGUCGAGCGAGGAAGAGGAGGAGGUGGAUGAGGAAUCCAAGCUCGCGCAAGCCGGCUCCGACGCUACGGCGCCGCUCCAGUUCUCCUAUAGAGGGCAGACCGCGACCCUGCAGUCGCAGUCGGACGUAGCGGCGUGGAUAGCGGAGCGCAAGAAGAAGUUCCCGACGCAGGCGCGGAUCGAUGAGAAGAAGAAGGCGGCUGAGGAGGCCAAGGCCGCCCGUGACGCCGCCCGAAUAGAGAAACAGAAGGAACGAGAGAAGGAACGGGAGAAGGAAAAGCAAACGCAAACGCAAACGCAACACGAGUCGCCCCAGAAGCCCGGUCAUGAGGGUGCAGCAGACCCGGCGCUCGACGCCGCACUGAAGGCACAGCGCAAGGCUGAGAAGAUCCGACGCAAUCUCAACCGCGAGCAGAAGCGGUUCGCCAAAGCGGAGGCCGAGGCCGAAGCUGCCCGCCUCAAGGUAGAGGCGCUGCAGAAGCAAGUUCAGGGCCUGACGGAUAAGGACCCAGCUCCUGUGCCGAAUGGACCACCUAUUACUGAGCCAUUACUAGCCGUGCCAUCUGAGUCUAUGGGAGGAGAGAACGCAGCGACCCUUAACAACACGGAAGUGCCCAGAGCACCUGAAACAUUCUCGGGCGAGACUACUACCUCGUUGCCUGUUUCAGUGGAAGCUAUCAACGCUGCAGCUCUGGAUCAUUGGUCCGAUGGCUUGGACAUCAGCGACUGGACCUCAUCCAGCGGCUCGGGUUCGGGUUCGGGUUCAGACUCAGAGCCUAUCUCAGAUAGCGAAGACGACGAUGGUGCUCCCGAGGAACUGAGCUCGAGACGGCAGGGCCCCGAACGGGUGCUGCCACCGCCACGCGAAGGCAAGAAGCCCGCCUGCCGGCACUUUGCGCGCACAGGGAAAUGCAACCGGGGCGAGAAAUGCAAGUUCUCGCACGAGGGGCCGGGGCGAGGACCGAAGGUCAAGCCGGCAGAGAAGAAGGGGCGCAAGGGACUGCUUCAAGCUCUGCUGGACCGGCAAAAGGAUGAUGAGGACCGCCGAGCGAUGGAAGUGAUUUGCUGGCUAGGGCAGAAUGGCCAUUUGGCGGCGCUGGCGACGAAUGACGCUGCCAGCGCCAGUGCCAGUACUAGUGUUAGUACUGGGUCGAGUUUGCGUGCGAACGGCGCCCCGCAGCCGGAUACCCCUGCUUAG